AUGUUUAGGAAAAUCCACAACAACCAUCUGAUUGUCGUGCAAAUCUACGUCGACGACAUCAUAUUCGGUUCAACCAGCAAGGACCUUAGUGAUGAGUUUGCUAAGUUGAUGAAAAGCAAAUUUAGAAUGAGUAUGAUGGGUGAGAUCAACUACUUCCUAGGUCUACAAGUUCGUCAAUCUCCUAAGGGAAUCUUCAUUGGUCAAGAAAAGUACAUCAAAAAUCUGUUGAAGAGAUACUCCAUGCAGAACGCACCAACUGCAAAGACACCAAUGUCUACUUCCUACAAGCUUGAUUUAGACCUUGAUGGAAAAUCUGUAGAUCAGAAACACUACAAAGGAAUGAUUGGCUCAUUACUGUACCUUACAGCUAGUCAACCAGACAUCAUGUUUUCAAAAUGUUUGUGUGCACGCUUUCAAGCCAAUCCAAAGGAAUCACACCUCAUAGCAGUCAAAAUAAUUUUCAAAUAUCAGAAAGGAACUGCCUCUCUGGGUCUAUUCUAUCCUGCUAAAGGCAACUUCUAUCUCCAAGCCUUUACUGACUCAGAUUAUGGAGGAUGCAAGCUCGAUAGAAAGAGCACUUCAAGUAGCUGCCAAUUCAUAGGAGGCAGAUUGGAAAAUGCAAGUUCUCAUCACAGCUAUGCAAAUGAAGAAGUUUGCUUCAGUACACAACUAAUAUUGGUACUUCAGUGA